AUGGGGAGUUUAUCUUCUGGGGAAGACGAAGAAGGCUCUUCCGAGAGAUGCGGAAGCUACAGCCCCAGCGCCGACAUUAGCGAAUCAGAGAGUUCGAGCAGCUUCUCGUGCCUCCGCUUCGACGGCGAGGGAGCCUCAAGCUCGAUGACGUCGUCUCCCCGAGGCGGCGGGAGAGGAUUUUACUUCCCGGCGCCUGUUAUGCUUCCGGUGAUCGGUGGGAAAGAUGUGGUUUGGGAUGACAAGUCAGAUAAACCGGAGAGCGAUUUAUCCGAAAUUGAGAUGAUGAAGGAGAGAUUUGCGAAGCUGCUUCUCGGGGAGGACAUGUCAGGGGGAGGUAAAGGGGUUUGUACGGCGCUUGCAAUCUCCAACGCCAUCACCAAUCUCUCUGCGACUGUGUUUGGGGAGCUAUGGAGGCUGGAGCCUCUUGCUCCGCAGAAGAAGGCGAUGUGGCGUAGAGAACUGGAAUGGUUACUCUGUGUGAGCGAUUCCAUCGUUGAGCUCAUUCCUUCAAUCCAGCAGUUCCCCGGAGGCGGGACCUAUGAGAUCAUGGAGACUCGGCCGCGUUCUGAUCUGUACGCCAACCUCCCGGCUCUCAGGAAGCUCGAUGCAAUGUUGAUUGAUAUGCUCGACGGUUUCUCCGAUACUGAGUUCUGGUACACUGAUCGCGGCAUUGCUCUGGGAGAGUGUGAAAAGGAUUCCUACGAUUCUCCAGCUUCCGUCAGGCAGGAGGACAAGUGGUGGCUGCCUUGCCCCAAGGUUCCCCCUAAGGGCCUGUCUCAAGAGGCGAGGAAGAAACUGCAGCAGUGUCGCGACUUUGCUAACCAGAUCCUCAAGGCUGCAUUGGCAAUUAACAGCGGUGUGCUCGCGGAAAUGGAGAUACCCGACCCUUACUUGGAGGCACUGCCCAAGAGCGGGAAGGAAUGCCUUGGAGAGACCAUCUACCAGUACUUGACCGCAAGCAACUUCUCACCCGAAUGUCUCCUAGACUGUCUUGAUCUCUCAUCGGAACAUCAGACCAUUGAAAUCGCCAACCGGAUCGAGGCUGCGGUGCACGUGUGGAGACGGAAGACAGGGCGGAGGCACAAGAAGCAGGGGAAACUAAAGCUGUCUUCAUGGAGUGGCAAGGUCAAGGGCCUUACCGAGCGAAAUGGUAACCUUGUGCAGAGAGCUGAGACCCUCCUGCAGAGUCUGAGGAUCCGUUUCCCGGGCCUUCCCCAGACAACGCUGGACAUGAACAAGAUUCAGUACAACAAGGAUGUGGGGCAAUCCAUUCUGGAGAGUUACUCGAGGGUGACGGAGAGCAUGGCCUUCAACAUCACGGCCAGAAUAGAUGACGUGCUUUAUGUUGAUGAUGCCAUGAGAAGAUCCGUCUCCGCCACGGAGUCGCUCUCCCUAUUCAGCAUCAGUGGAGGCAAGGCGCAGAGAACCGGGUCUCCAUUUGCAUCGAGGAGAGCACCGCCGCUGUACACUGGAAUAUUGGGUGAGACGGAGAAAGCAUGGUCGUAUGCCGGAAAUCUGAGUUCAACAAGGGGGAAAUGGAACACAAGAGAAAAGAAAAGGAAGCGGAACAACAAAAUGUAUUUCGACAGAUUCUGGUCAAGUCCUACAGCUCAAUCGUAUACCGUCGUUAAUCAUGUACCUACUGAUAUGUACUUGCACGCUCAUGGCGACUCUUAA